GCCAAAAAUGAAGUCUUGCCUGAUCCAAAUCCUCUUGCUUUCACUUUUACACUUGACCCGCCAUUCCCCAGUAAUGUCCCAAACUUCGAAUCCUGACAGCCAAGGCGAAUGGCACCAACUGCAUUCUAGCAUAGGUAUAACAGCAAUGCACAUGCAGCUAUUGCAUGAUAACAAAGUUGUCAUAUUUGAUCGCACAGAUUUUGGCAGAUCUAACAUCUCUCUUCCUCACCAUCGCUGUCGGAAUGACACUAAUGACCGGGCACUAAUAAUCGAUUGCACUGCUCACAGCAUCCUCUACGAUGUCACUGACAGCUCAUUUCGUCCUCUAAUGAUUCAAACCGACAUUUGGUGUUCUUCUGGAUCAGUUAUACCGAACGGAACAUUUAUUCAAACCGGCGGUUUUAAUGACGGUGACCGAGUGAUGCGUAUGUAUACAUCCUGCUCGAAUGAUGAUUGUGAUUGGACUGAGUUUCCGAAUUAUUUAACACAAAGAAGAUGGUAUGCAAGUAAUCAGAUUUUGCCUGAUGGAAGAAUUAUAAUUGUUGGUGGUAGAAGGGUUUUCACUUACGAGUUUUAUCCGUCUGUUUCCACUACUUUUUGGCUUAAUCUUUUGCGAGAUACUCGUGAUCGUUAUAGCGAAAAUAAUCUGUAUCCAUUUCUCCAUUUAUUGCCAGAUGGAAACCUGUUCAUUUUCGCCAACACGAGAUCGAUACUGCUAGAUUACACUAGAAAUGUUGUGAUUAGAGAAUUUCCUGAAAUACCUGACCGUGUUCCUCGUAAUUAUCCAAGCACUGGAUCUUCAGCUCUACUUCCUCUAGAUGAAAAUAUUGGCAGUCCUAUUAAAGCUGAAAUCUUGAUCUGUGGCGGUGCACCAAAUGGCUCGUUUCUACAAGCUGCACGUGGAAAUUAUCAGCUUGCGGCUUCUUCAUGCGGACGAAUUGUAGUCAAUGAUCAGAACCCUAGCUGGGAAAUGGAAACAAUGCCAACUGCAAGAGUUAUGAGUGAUAUGCUAAUCCUUCCGACCGGUGAUAUCAUCAUAAUCAACGGUGCUCAAUCCGGCACUGCUGGUUAUAACAAUGCGUUCGAUCCUAUAACGAGUCCAUUCAUUUAUCGUCCCAAUCAAUCACAAGAUCGUCGUUUUUGUGUAAUGUCGCCGUCAAGAACACCAAGAAUGUACCAUUCAUCAGCAAUAUUGAUUCCUGACGGACGUAUUUUAGUAGGCGGAAGUAAUCCUCAGUUUAACUAUCAAUUUGUUGACGUUCCUUUUCCGACAGACCUAAGCUUGGAGGCAUUUUCGCCCUCGUACUUAUCAGAUGAGAAUACAAAGAUAAGGCCAACCAUUUUAUCUCUAGUCACAAUUCUACAAUAUGGAAACUCACCAUUUAAGGUUAGAUUUCAGGUUGCAGAAUUUGCAUCAGCAAAUCAAGUGUCAGUAAGAAUACUUGCACCAUCUUUUAGUACACAUUCUUAUGCCAUGAAUCAAAGAAUGGUGGUGCUGAGAAUUAUUUCUGUUGAAUUUGAUUCAUCUGAUACGUUUGCUUUGAGCGUUAUCGGACCAUCAACGGCUGAGAUCGCACCACCAGGGUACUAUUUAUUGUUUGUUGUGCAUGCUUGUAUUCCUAGUACUGGUCAAUGGGUGAAAAUUGGUUGAUGGGGAUUUUAGAAGAUUAUUUUUUGAUUUGCUAAAGCCUAAGGAAUGCUAAUAGUAAAAUUUGGGAGUUCUGAAUAGACUUGCAAUUUAAACUGGCAAUAAUAUGUCAUCAUCUUUUUAA